AAUCGGCGUCGUCCACAUGCCGCGGCCGCGAGAGGGGCAGCGGCGAGUCUCCUCGGAUAAAUUCUAUUAGAGCAGCCGCUGCCGGUUCAGCCAGCGCCGGGCAAGGGAGCGACUCCCAAGACGCGGGAGGGCCCAGGCCGGCUUCUUCUUUUUCUUCUUCUUCCUCCUCAGCGGCUUCUUCAGCGGCGGCUUCGUUUUUGCUUUUUUUUUUUACCUCAGGGCCGCCUUCGCCCCCCCCCCCCCCCCCCCCCCACAGGCGCCCCCCCUCACUUUUCUGAGGUAAACUGACCCCCAUUUCGACGAACUUUUCCCUCACGUGAGGAGAAACCGACGCUUCCCCCCCCCGCCUCAAGACCGGGAGGAAAAAAAGGAAAGAGCCGGCGGGGUCGAGGGAGAGGGGGGGGGCAGCCCGAGGCGCCCCCCGUUUUAUUUUUUAACCGCCCCCCCCGUAUUGCUUCCCCCGCCGCUUCAUUUAUUUAUUUUUUCCCCCGUUGCCGCCGGAGAGGAAAGGGGGGGCCUUCGCCGCCGCCGCGCCUCCCCCCGCCAUGGAGAACGGGCACACCAAGACGGUGGAGGAAGUGCUGGGCUACUUCGGGGUGAACGAGAGCACCGGGCUCAGCCUGGAGCAGGUCAAGAAGCAGAAGGAACGGUGGGGAGCCAACGAACUACCAGCUGAAGAAGGAAAAACUUUACUUGAGCUGGUGAUCGAACAGUUUGAAGAUUUAUUAGUUAGAAUUUUGUUGCUGGCAGCAUGUAUAUCUUUUGUGUUGGCUUGGUUUGAAGAAGGAGAAGAAACAAUCACAGCCUUUGUAGAACCUUUUGUAAUCUUACUCAUAUUAGUUGCUAAUGCAAUUGUGGGUGUGUGGCAGGAGCGAAAUGCUGAAAAUGCCAUUGAAGCUCUUAAGGAAUAUGAACCUGAAAUGGGAAAAGUUUAUCGACAAGACAGAAAAAGUGUACAAAGGAUAAAAGCAAGAGACCUCGUCCCUGGUGAUAUCGUGGAAGUAGCUGUUGGGGACAAAGUUCCUGCUGACAUCAGAAUUACUUCCAUAAAAUCAACAACUCUACGAGUUGACCAGUCCAUCCUCACAGGUGAAUCUGUCUCGGUAAUUAAGCACACGGACCCUGUGCCUGAUCCUCGUGCAGUCAACCAAGACAAGAAAAAUAUGCUUUUUUCGGGUACGAACAUUUCUGCAGGCAAAGCCAUGGGUGUUGUCGUGGCUACGGGGGUGAACACGGAAAUCGGCAAAAUCCGUGACGAAAUGGUGGCCACCGAGCAAGAGAGGACGCCCCUGCAGCAGAAGCUGGACGAGUUCGGGGAACAGCUGUCCAAGGUCAUCUCGCUGAUCUGCAUCGCCGUCUGGAUCAUCAACAUCGGCCACUUCAACGACCCCGUCCACGGCGGCUCCUGGAUCCGGGGCGCUAUCUACUACUUCAAAAUCGCCGUGGCCCUGGCGGUGGCUGCCAUUCCGGAAGGCCUGCCCGCCGUCAUUACCACCUGCCUGGCCCUGGGCACCCGUCGCAUGGCCAAGAAAAAUGCCAUCGUCCGGAGCCUUCCCUCAGUGGAAACCCUGGGCUGCACCUCGGUCAUCUGUUCCGACAAGACGGGCACCCUCACCACCAACCAGAUGUCGGUUUGCCGGAUGUUCAUUGUGGACCGUGUGGAAGGGGACAGCUGCUGUCUGAACGAAUUCACUGUGUCUGGGUCAACGUAUGCGCCCGUCGGAGAGAUUCACAGAGACGAUAAACCUGUCAAAUGCUGUAUGUACGACGGCCUCAUUGAAUUGGCCACAAUCUGCGCCCUCUGCAAUGACUCCUCGCUGGAUUUCAAUGAAGCGAAGGGGGUUUAUGAGAAGGUUGGGGAAGCCACAGAGACCGCCCUGACCUGCCUGGUGGAGAAGAUGAACGUGUUCGACACGGAACUGAAAGGGCUGUCCAAGAUCGAGCGCGCUAAUGCUUGCAAUUCGGUGAUUAAGCAGCUGAUGAGGAAAGAAUUCACGCUCGAAUUCUCCCGGGAUAGGAAAUCCAUGUCCGUUUACUGCGUUCCAAACAAGCCCAGCCGGACGGCUAUGACCAAGAUGUUUGUCAAGGGUGCUCCAGAAGGAGUGAUUGACAGGUGCACCCAUUUCCGAGCAGGAAACAUGAAAAUACCUUUAACUCCGGGGAUUAAGCAGAAGAUCAUGACCGUCAUCCGUGAAUGGGGCACCGGGAGGGACACGCUGCGUUGCCUGGCCCUGGCCACCCACGACAACCCACCCAGAAAGGAGGAUAUGAACCUGGAAGAUUCCACAGGCUUCAUUACCUAUGAGACCAACCUGACCUUCGUGGGCUGCGUGGGAAUGCUGGACCCGCCCCGCAUCGAGGUGGCCUCCUCCAUAAAGCUGUGCCGGCAGGCGGGCAUCCGGGUGAUUAUGAUAACUGGCGACAACAAGGGGACGGCGGUGGCCAUCUGCCGGCGCAUCGGCAUUUUCGGGGAAGACGAGGACGUCACCUCCAAAGCCUUCACCGGCCGGGAGUUCGAUGAACUUUCGCCAGCCAGCCAGAGAGAUGCCUGCAUGAACGCCCGCUGUUUCGCCCGCGUGGAGCCCUCCCACAAGUCCAAAAUUGUGGAGUUUCUCCAGGCCUUUGACGAAAUCACAGCAAUGACAGGAGACGGCGUAAACGAUGCCCCCGCUUUGAAGAAGGCAGAAAUCGGAAUCGCCAUGGGAUCCGGCACGGCCGUGGCGAAGUCGGCAUCGGAAAUGGUGCUGGCAGAUGACAAUUUCUCCACCAUCGUAGCCGCUGUGGAGGAAGGCCGGGCCAUCUACAAUAACAUGAAGCAGUUCAUUCGCUACCUCAUCUCCUCCAACGUUGGAGAAGUGGUCUGCAUCUUCCUGACCGCCGCCCUGGGCUUCCCGGAAGCUUUAAUCCCUGUCCAGCUGUUAUGGGUAAACCUUGUGACCGACGGACUUCCGGCCACCGCCCUGGGCUUCAACCCCCCUGAUCUGGAUAUCAUGAGCAAGCCACCUCGUAACCCCAAGGAGCCCCUCAUCUCCGGCUGGCUCUUUUUCCGUUACUUGGCGAUUGGAUGUUACGUCGGAGCUGCCACAGUGGGCGCUGCCGCUUGGUGGUUCAUAGCUGCGGACGGGGGCCCGAGAAUUACCUACUACCAGCUGAGUCAUUUCCUGCAGUGCAAAGAGGACAAUCCAGACUUUGAAGGGGUCGACUGUGUGGUGUUUGAGUCUCCCUAUCCUAUGACCAUGGCGCUCUCCGUCUUGGUCACCAUUGAGAUGUGCAACGCCCUCAACAGCCUCUCGGAGAACCAGUCCUUGCUACGGAUGCCUCCGUGGGAGAACGUCUGGCUCCUGGGCUCCAUUUGCUUGUCCAUGUCUCUCCACUUCCUCAUCCUUUAUGUAGAACCAUUGCCACUGAUCUUCCAGAUCACCCCUCUGAACCUGACCCAGUGGCUGAUGGUGCUCAAGCUCUCCCUGCCGGUGAUCCUGAUGGACGAGACUCUUAAGUUUGUGGCCCGCACUUACCUAGAGCCGGGUAAAGAUAUUGUGCCAGCCGCCACCAAACCACGUCCUUUGUCUGCAUGCACCGAAGGGAUCUCCUGGCCGUUCGUGCUGCUGUCCUUGCCGCUGUUGAUUUGGCUUUAUAGCACAGACACUAACUUUAGUGACAUGUUUUUUUCUUGACCUAAAGUCCUCUAGCGGUAGCUGGGCAAGUCAGAGAGAUGUUUAACUUAAAAAAAAAAGAAAAGGAAAAAAAAAUCGGAUUUUUAAAAAAACAAAAUUGUUCCAAGCAAUUUGUCUUAUUCUGCUGAAUUUUCACAUGAACAUAUUUUGCCAGUGACUGAGGUUUCCAUAUUCUAGACUCUGGGUUUUCCCUCUUUUUCCCCCUUUUUUUCUUUCCUCUGAUCCCUUGUGGGGAGGGGGGGCGUGCAUCCUCUUCUCCCCCCCCACUCCCCCACUUCUUUUAUACACAAACUAGGGUGUCCAUCGACAUGUACAGAGAAAUUAAACACUAUUUUAUGCAAAUAUUUUUUGUAGAGGAGACGCAUGUACAGUGUUCUGUUUCAUAGUUCACUCAUCCUUGUAAAAAAAAAAAAACUACGACAGCGCUGGGGGUUGGGGAGGCGGGGGGGUCACAUUUUGAGAAAACCGUGAUGGGUAGGUAGCAGAUUUUAGGGAAUGAGUGUCCUGGGGGGGAUGUUUCCCUCCCUUAAAACCAGAAACAUGCGAACUCUCUUCAUGUCUGCUGCAUGGUUGAACAUCUAAUCCUCAUUUUUAUCAUUCAGUUGGGCGUUUUCUGCACUGGUCAGACCAGACCGCUGCCUCAAUUAUUCUCCCCUCUCCCCCCCCCCGGCCGCCUUUUCUUCCUUUACUUCUUUCCUUUUCUUUUUGGUUUUGCUCUAUCCUUCUUCAGAAAUCUCUUCCUGAUCUCGACGGUGCAGAAAAACGUCAUUUUGAGAGGCAUCCCGCUAAAAAUUUAAGUUGUGGUGGUUUUUUGUUUUUUUUUCUUUCAUUCCUUUGUUCGUUUCUAUCCCCGAAGUUUUUGUUUUUCUUUUUUUUUAAAAAAAAAAAAUCAAAAACAAAAAGCAGAAACAAAACUAUUUAUUUAAAUAUCAUCUGUAUUUUUACUUGUAACAAGGUUGUUUCACGCCAGCAUUGCCCACUCUGGGAAGGGAUGGGAGAGGGAAGGAAGGAAAGGAAGGAAGGAAGGAAGGGGGGAAGUGAUCUGGAUGGACUUUAAGUAAAGAGCAAAAAAAAAAGAGAGGGAGAGAGAAUAAAUUUUCUUUUACAAUCGAGACCGUUCUGUUUGGCAUUUUCAUUUCUAACCUAAAUUCCAUUUUAAAUCUUGCGUCAGGUUUUUAUUUUUCUUCUCCUCCCUCCCCUGUUCCAUUACUGUUAUUAAUCGGGGCAUCGACAACCAAACCUGAUUCGUUGGCUCAGAAUUUUUGUGGUGUUUUUUGUUUUUUGUUUUAAGAGCUGGGAUUUGCCUCUGUCCCCCUCCCCUUUUUUUCCCCCUUUGGUUUAUUUAAUUCUCUAUAGAAUUAGAAUUCUAAUUCUAAGUUAAUCCUCCGUGCCACCUUGUCGAGGUACCAUCUGCUAGCCACAUCUCGGGCUGCAGCAAAUAAGUUAACAACUUGUGUAUCCGUGUGUGUGCGUGUUGUAAAAAAAAUUGUAAAUACCACGUAACGCAAUGAACAUGUUGUAGAGAACUCUAUUUUGUGUCCCUCUGCCCCCCCGCCCCCCCCCCCCCCGUGGCACUAACCACCAUCGUUCUCUUGUGACCAAUGUCUGUGCAUGGUGUCUGUUUAUUGCCUUUCCAAACUUGAGUCCUGUUAUUGAUAUGUAAGUUCAUUAACAGUCUAACUGUGUGGUGUUUCUCUCCAAUGCCUUCCAACAUUUCAUCGGCUGAAGUGAGUAUCUCUCUCCCAUUUCGAUGGUGGUGCGUGCAAUGUAUGUAACACGAAGGGAUCCUAUGCUGUGUGUUGCCCUUCCAGAGACCUCAAUAAACAGAUUUCUGUAGCCUA